AUGGACCAAGACGAUUCUAGUAACCAUUCACAGUUGUCCGAUCAAGACCAUCAUAAAAGGAGACCUCACAGUGAAACCAAGCGCAUUCAACAAAACAGAGCAGCUCAACGUGCAUUCAGACAGAGAAAAGAACAGUAUGUCCGGGAUCUGGAGAGUAAGGUGCGCGACAUUAACAAGUGGAAGCAUCGAGUUGAACAGCUUGAGCGUGAGAACAUGCAACUGCGAAAGCAAUUGUGGGAGGUGUCUGACCAAGGAAGUGACAAUCUUGCACCCCUUACAACCAAGCCACCGCAUCUGUCAAGGCGAACCUCCUUAGAGAAUGAUGACAAGAUUUGGUCUACAGUCAAUCAUUCAUCAUUGGCCAUCUCUUGUUUACCACAAACCACAACCCUAAAGCCAAAUGAUAGAAUAGAAGAGGAGAGUUUGUUAGAAGAAACAAAAGAAUCUAAAUUUACGUCAAGGUCUCCAAGGUAUCCUUUUGUCCCCCCAGACGAUCCAUUCUUACCGCAGGACGAAAAUGCUUGUACUUUUUCAAUGAUUGAUGAUAAACCAAAAGAUGAUAAUAACGAAGUUUUGGAUGAUCUUAUUGUACUAUUGCGGAAUCGAUACCGUCCCCCGAUUCCUUUUCAACCUAUUCUAUGCCCUGACCCAUCUACACACUAA